CAACUUUUCCUCCGAUGCGAGAGCAGAACACAAGAACACACCAGAGCCUCUGCGGCUUACACUUUUCUCGCCUGCAACUGAGCACUGAAAACCAUGAGAACAAAGAACGAAAACCUCGGAGAUGCGCUGAAAUCACUUUUAAUUGUAUUCUGCCUUGUAUUUUGCGCUUUUUCAAUACGCGUCCACGGCCAAGAGGGUGAUGGCUGUGGAUAUACACUCCUGGGCACAGAGUCUGGCACCUUAGCCUCAGAGAACUACCCGGGCACAUAUCCCAGUAACACCCGGUGCACGUGGAAGCUUCGUGUUCCAGAAGGGCGCACGUUGCGACUUCUUUUUGGGGAUUUUGACAUCGAAAGUAGUCCCGGUUGCAGUAAUGGCUCUCUCGUCAUCACAGAUAAAUAUGAGCAUCCCAGUCUAGGACCGGUUUGUGGGAGACUGAAUGCGUCACAAAAGAAUAUGACACUCGCAAGCAACGAAGUGACAAUAACCUUCGAGUCGGGGUCACAUCGGUCCGGACGGGGCUUUCUACUGUCCUACGCCACAGACCUUUAUCCUGAUAUGGUCUCUUGUUUACAACGAGGGUCUCAUUUUAACUUGCCGCAUGUGAGAGUUUACUGCCCUGCCGGGUGUAAAAAUGUGACUGGAGACAUAUGGGGAGGUCCCGAUCGGGGCUACCGAGAUACAUCGGUGCUGUGUAAGUCUGCUGUGCACGCCGGCGCAACGUCCGACCAGCUCGGAGGUCGCGUGAGCAUGAGCCGUGAGAGGAGCCUGACGCUUUACGAGUCCACCUUUUCCAACGGGAUCCUUUCUAAAACGGGCUCAUUAUCUGAAAAGAAACUGGUGUUCACUCAAGAAUGUAAUAACAUCCUGACGGCGACUGGUUUAAACGCCUCAUCUUUUGGUGACAAAGAGGACAAACUGUCCUGGUCCGCCAAGAAUGUACAUUCUGGACACGAGGGGCUCGUCUGGACCGCAGGCUGGAACGAUCCGUCGCCUUGGGUGGAGCUUGGACUCGCUGAUAAAAGCUCUAUCACAGGAGUGAUUACAACCGGAUCGAGCGAGAACCACUUCAAAUCCUACUCGCUGCUCUUUAGCAGAGACAGGAAGAACUGGAAAGUUUACAAAGACGCUGUCAGCAAACAAGAAAAGGUGUUUGAGGCCUUUGCCGACGGUCACCCGAGGGUGCUCAACAGCCUGUUUCCUCCGGCCGUGGCUCGCUUCGUCCGUGUGCGGCCUCAGCGCCGCCAUGGCCGAGGUUCGGUUCAACUCCAAAUCCUGGGCUGCCCUGUCAAGGUCACGCCAAGAUCUCGUUCAACUGACGAAUCUCCGUCCGGCAAAGCUAACGCGGCGACUCCAAAAACAUCUCUCACGACCACAGAACGUCCCGUUUUGGUGGAAUCCAAGCAGAGAUCCAGUCAACCAGUCAUCGUCGCAGUGGGAGUGGUCCUGGGACUAAUCAUGUGCUUCUGUUGUUUGUUGGCUGGAGUCUGGUGGAAGGGAAGGAAAAAGGCAACCCAAUUGAAAUACUCCGUGCCAACAACAGGUUGCCAAAGUUUCCAGGAGAAGACUCUCCCGUGUCCUCCAUCAGAGCUCAUCUCAUACCCUCUGGAGCGGAAUAUCCACGACAACCUGCCGAGCCCCCCACGCAAUGACUAUGCCCAACCCGCUACUGGACAGAAGGUGGGCUCUACAUUUCGCCCCUCUUCAGACGAGGCCUACACCAUCCCCUUCACGUUCGUCCACUACGACUCCCCUGGGAACCUGCCGGAGUAUGCAGAGCCGCUUCCGCCGGAGCCCGAAUACGCCACACCGUUCGGCGAGCAAGACUGCGCACCCACAGCAGGGGGCACUCACAGCAGCGCACAGGGCCCCCCGCUGUCGGCAUCUCCCGGCUCCCCGGGGAGCUACGAGUGCCCCUCCCAUAGGAUGCUGGACAAUGGCUACUGCACUCCCGCCCUCCACACUAACGCACCACGACCUACCAGCGUCGUCUAUGCUGAGCCGAAGUCAUGUUACUCUUUACUAAAGCGGUACGAGGAACAUUUGUGAGGCCAACUCACAGGAACCGGGAUGGACUGUGUUGUCCGAGAUGGGCCAAAACUGACACAGCCGAUUCUCCAGUGACACAAGAACCCAAAGUGGAUCACAAAGGUCAUGUGGGGGCCGUCGCGUACUACUGUGUAUUCUGAAAGGAGAACAAAGGAUGAAUCCACAAUGUUGCACAAAGAGAAUAUGACUCCUUCAAAAUCUCAUUAUGUAUUUUUUUUUAAUGAUUAAAUCAUUGUUUUGGUCACAAGCUGCACUUUCAGAAAACAGUUUUCCAGCAAAACAACAAAUUACACGUGAGAAUGCAUGCAUUAGUAUUUACAGUCACCUUUUCUUCCAACUGUGAUGCACUGGUAAUGAUGUGAUAGCCAAAUACUGUCGAGUACCACCAAGUGGCUUGAAUGAACUCUUAACAUUGAACAGGUAGACCGGACAAUUGUUUUUACAGUACUGAGUGCAACAUGCUAAUAAAAGAAUAUUUUAUGACACAAAGGCACAAUGGACAUGUUGAGAUUCUACAUUGUAUCUGUGCAGAAGG